UAAAAUCUUUGAUAUUAGCAAUGUGUUGUCUGCUGUCAUUGAGAGCAGACGGAAUUCGGGGUGAUUUGUUUAUGUUUCUGCGUCCUCUGCGGAUUUUAUUUAGAGGGUGGUUUAAGUUUACACUCAGGCCGUUGACUUUAUAGAGUAUUUGUACUCUGUAAUUCUUCGAAAUCUGCUGAGACAAUAAUGUCUGCUCACAAUAUUUCUGAUCCUGAAUUGGAUAUUAAAGUCAAGAAAGCAACGGAGAGAAUAUCAGAAAAUAUGCACAUUGUUGCCAAUGAGCCUUCCUUGGCCUUUUAUCGCCUCCAAGAACAUGUUAGGAAAGCGUUACCACCAAUGGUCGAAAAACGAGUGGAAGUCACAAAACUUCAUCAUGAACUGCAAGGCCGAUGCUACGAUGUUGAAUAUGGCGUUGGGGCUAUAAAAUCUAUGGAAGGUGCUGAGGAAAGUUUUGACAACAUACAGGAAUUGUUAAAAAAUGCAGUUUUCCUCAAGCAGCAAAUAAAAUAUGAAGAAGCCAGAAGAAACAAAAAAGAGCCCUCAUCUGUAUACAAACGCUUAUCGGCACACAUUACUCUUGACCUGCCUGAUCUGCCAGAAAUUUCUGAUGCUUUGCGUGAAACAGCCAACCGUGUGGAAUCCAUGAUGGCUCAUGCCAGGCAUUCAGCUGGUGCAGAGCUGCAGAGGUCUCACACGGUUCACCACUGAUGACAACCGCAUACAGUGUGAGCUGACUGUUUGUUCUGAAGUAUCAUCUUCUUUAUUGGAAGUCAGACUGUCAAAACACCCAGAUGAAAAUCAUGUGAGGAGCCUUGCUUAUCAGUAACACCUCAACAUUGCUCAUUGCUUCGACAGUAUGACACAAUAUUUUUAAAAUUUAUUUUGCUGGUGAAAAAGAAGAAAACCAUCUCGCCACCUCGCAGAAGAAAUGUAAUACAUGUUACAGUUAAAACAGUCUAAAGAUGAUUUCUAAUUGUGAUUCAAGUAUUUAUUGGGAUCAAUAACAGUAAACCUGUUGUAUAUCAUGUGCUUAUUUGAUAAACAAUGGUAUGAAAAGGAUAGAUGCUACUCAGCAUAUAAAGAGAGAGAGAAAGAGUUGUUUGGCUUAUAUCUGAUGGAGGACUCACUCGUAUAGCUAAUAAUAUCUAGUGGCCUUUUUUCUUUAUACCUGUGUGUCACUCAAUGCCUCCUCUAUGUGGUGAGUAGCAAUCUGUUUUCAUAUUGUUGUUAUUCCAUCCUGGAUUUUCCAUUGUUUGAAGCCCUUAUUUGAUUCAGUUAUAUUACAAACUUUCCCAGUGACUGGCCAACUCCCUUCUUGUUCUUCUCUAGUGUUUUCAUUUAUUUUACUCCACUUGUGUCGGUUAUACAAGUUGUCUCAAAAAGUAGAACUAAAUAACAUAUAUGAACAGCUUAGCCUUAGAAAAUUCACAAACUCCAAUCUUUUUAUAUUCUUGGUGAUUUUUGUAAGAUGGGAAUUAGACAUAUUUCUGAACUUAACAUUUCGUUUCCAAUUGCUGGAGACAUCUGCAGAGGUCAAACUGCUUGGUUAAUUAAUAUUCAGACUUGAACAAGAUCAGCAAGCCAAAGUGUCUACACAUAACCACUCUACAGUCCAGGGGAAGGGGGAAGUUGUUCUCCUACCACCUCAUCACUUUUGGAAGUUUCUUUUCUUUUCUUUAACAUUUGGCAUUGCAUUAAACUGCUUCUAUUGGCUGGAAUAGACACACACAAAAUUUUCUUAGUUUGUGAAUCAUUGCAUGCUAGAAAGCAUUUGUAUGUAUAAUUCAGUCUGGAUGCUAUGGUAUUUGACAUGAAAAGUACCUUUUACCUCUGUUUUACAGGGUGCGACAAGAAGAGCUGUCAGUUUUUAGUUAAUAGCACUGCAUAUUACACAACAUUUUUAUUUUUACAUUGCCUGUGUGUUGCAAAUUUAGUAUCUAUGGAGCUGUGCUUGCACAAGCACCAUGCAUUUCUGAUGCAAAUAUUAUUUUUGAAGUGGUGAUUCUUGCAUUGCAACACUGUUUCAGUUUCUUUAGCCCAGUGGGUUUCAAACUUUUGUGAAACAUUCAACUCGAAG